UAGAAUGCGACCAUAAUGGCAGCAUGUUGGUACCGCGUGUCGAAGCUGCGCAGCGAGAUCGAAAGCGAGCGACAGCGGCAAGGACGUCUACAGACUUCCAUCAGGCGCAAGAUUGAUACCAUGGAGGCAUGCAAACUGUCCACUGCAUCCACGUCGGUCAUUAAGGUCGUCGUCUCUACACCAUCUCCAUCUUCGAACCACAACGUCCGUGUGCUGUCCAAAGUUCCAUCGCCAGAUUGGUCCACCCAGUACGAACUAAACAGAGGCGAUUGGAGUUCUCCCGUGAAGGUGCACGUGUGUCGCUAUCAAAAGACGCCUCCGCCGACAACGUCGCUUCGCCAUGUAGUCGCAGCGAAGCGCAUCGGCCGGUGGGUCACACUACGCGUCGCCGCGCGCAAAGCCGCGUCCGUCCCACUGCCACGUUCCCCAGCGUACUCCCCCCUUCGCAUUAAUCCGGACGACCUCCUAGCGCGCAUUGCCCAACAGAUUCACGACCGCGCCACCUUGAAGCGCCAAAACAAGGCUGCAUACAUCAUUCAACGAUUUUUUACGCUCGUACUGGACCGUCGAUCCACCACUCUGGGGCAGCAUCGGAGCCAUCGCAUCUUGCUUCAUCAAGAGGCGAGGCGACGACAAGUGCUGGAACAGGCCGCCAUGGACAACGCCGUGCGGCUCAUCCAAGCCGCCUAUCGCGGCAGCUCCGCUCGACGAAGGUUUACGUGGAAACAAAGCCAUGUCAAGGGACAUUUCAUGCAUGUGCUCAUCCUCGAAGCCGAGUGGACGACGCGCCCCGGGACGGCGAUUUCGGUCCUGCUGCAGUUGGCGGCCGCGUACUGGUCAUACUUUGACACGGACGUGUACGAGCCACCGCAGCGCGCGCUGCUGCUGCGCCUGCAUCUCCUGUGCGCGACCAAAGCCAUCACGUACGGAUACACUCCGUUGUCCGACAAUGGCGGCGCGGCGGAGUGGUGGCUAAACAUGGGGCGGAGGUUCCUCUUGCUUUGGCAGCGCAAUAUGGACGAGCCAGCGUUGUUGCAGGAUGCAUUGGCGGCGUUCGACAAUGCGUUGCGCAUGGUUUCAGAAGCUGACGUGGACCCAGAGGUGUUGUGUGACAUCGUGCAUGUGUCCUUUGCCCUUGGAUUGUAUUGCCACUUACUCAAACGGUGUCAGCAUGUCGCGUUGGAGCUAUGGGGACAUAAUAAUCAUCUCGACCGGAAACGAAGGCUGUGGCUAUGGGAAGGCCAGGCGUAUUUCCACCUUGGCGAGUACAAGGACGCGGCCGUUCGAUUCAAAGCGGUUCUCAACCACCCAUCCGCCACCACAGCAUGCAUGCCCUACAAUGUGUUGGAUCUGUGGCUGAUCUUGGGUCGAUGUGCUGCACUCGACUACGACACCGCCAGCUCCCAGCUCUACUACACCACGAUACUCCGCCACCUCUACGCCACGGACGACAUUCUGCGACGAGGGUUGACCUGGGAAGACGCUGCGAACGAUACAACGCUGCACCUAAGUGCAGGGUCCAAGUUUGCGUUGCAUCGAGACUUUCCAUUGGCCAAAGAUUUGUUGAGCUAUGGAAAGCACCUCAAUGCGGCAUAUACAACUCCCGACCACGAUAGAUGGUGGACCGAAUGCCAUCGGCAUACGUCCAGCUUGGACACGCGCGCCAGCCGCGCCGUGUGGGAAGCCCAGAAGCGCAUUCCACUCACUCGACUGCGGGAGCGUCUCGGGGUUGUGCUUUAACGCAAGUCAAGUGGAAGUCGUAAUAUCGAGGUCGGGGCAGUAGUAGUACUAGUAGUAGGUCUAGUAGUAUGUCUAGCUUAUUUGCGCAACAGGUUGAACGCGGCGACGUAUUGGAUGGCCGUGUGUUUGUGGCUGUACUCGUCGCCGAGUUUGAGUUUGUGGAACAGUCCGAGAACGUUCGCAAUGGGUUUCUUCACCGGACUCGCCGCGUCCGGCGCGGUGUCGGCGAGGAUGGUCAUGAACUCGUCCAGCAGUUUGUCCUGAUUGGCGUCGCCCACGGCCGAGCACGGCAUGUACUGAACUUCGACGAUGAGUCCCGUGGGGGUGUUGGCGCGGCAUACAAACGUGCAGAUGCUCACGAGGAAGUCGCCAAAUGAAAAUUGCAUGCCCUACAACAUGUCCAUGACGAUGGUCCGGAGACCCUUGAUGUGUACCUCGAACUUGCCGUCAGACUUGGGUAAGUAGAUCUCGACUUGCUGUAAGAUAUGUGAGCCGUCCAGCCCACAUUCUAGCAGACAGCAUUCGUCCAGCGGUCCGUCGAGGCCAUUGUCGCUCGACGGAAGCCCCUUCUCCAACUUAAUCCCCAACGACGCGUCAGUGCGCUCGUUGCCCAGAACGGCAUAGAUGAGGUCAUCGUUGUGAGACAUGCGCAGCAAGUACAUGCGCUGGUUCGCGUAGCCUUCGAGAAGCACGCGACGUGACAGCAUGCGACAAUGGACGACGAACCGACCCACUUUCCUCGCGCCCAUUUCCUCGAUCUUCUUCAUCAGAGCUUGGUACCGCACGGGAAUGUUACUGUCGGCGUAGGUAAAUACUCUAUCUCAUCCACAUGAGAGCUCCGGUAUCCAUAACGAUAUUGAUACCUCGUGAUGCCUGUCAUGAUGUCCUUGAAUCCUUCGGCCUGCCAGUGCG